AUGGGCAACGAACAGAGCAGCGGAGUGGCGGCGUCCGAGGCGAGCGCGGCGGAGGUGGCGGCGGAGGCGGCGGCGGAGGCGGCGGCGGCGGAGGCUGCUGCGCGGCAGCUGAGCGAGGGCGCGCGCGCGCUGGGCGAGUGGGCGCGGCCGUUGGCGGAGCGCGUGCAGCGCGCGCAGCGGCGACUCGACAGCCUCGAGGCCACCGUGGCCGCCAUGGCGGUGUUCGGCGCCGAUGCCGACCAGGCGUUGAAGCGCCUGGACACCCGCGUGGCGGCGCUGGAGGCAGCCGUGGAGCGUGCGCUCGCCGCCAUGUUCCCGCGCGUGGAGACCCUCCUGGCGCAUCUCGAGUUCCUGGCGCUGCCGCUGGGCAGCGCUGCUGUCCGCACACCCUCCACCGCCGCUCCGGGCCUGCUAUCUCAAUCAAGCGCAACUACUUCGAGAGAGUCGCCUGCGAAGUCCUCAUUUGUCAGUGCCACGCCCACGCCUGCAACCACGAGCGCUUCUCAUCUUCCAGGAUCGUCGACGGCUGAUUCCUCUUCCCGUAGCAUCACCCCCAAGACCAUUGCGCCCGCCACGAAAAAGCACCCUUCACCGCACAAGCCCGGCGGAUCGAACCACAGAACCACUUCUUCCGGAAGCAAGGCCACUGUCUCGAGCAGUAAAUCAGCAUCUAAUUCGAAACCUGCGUCGCCCAACCCAAAAUCCACACCAUCCACGUCGAAAAUUGUCUUAAUUUGUAGGUCGAAAUCUUCAAGUUUUAGAUCGAGUUCUGGAAAUCUCCAUGCCAAUCCGGGUCGAUCCAGAGCUAAUUCUUUAACAGGCGAGCCAUCCCGUAGCGAAACGCAAGUUCCCGCAAAUGUUUUGCAAAAUUCUCCUGAUUCAAAUAUGCCUAGUAGUUCCUUUUGUGUAAGGAGAACCACUAAUACCUCAGAAGAAAUUUCUACACAACCAGACUGCUCAACGUCUUCCAAAUCUGUAAGAUCAGCUAUGAAAACUGGCUCCAUGUCUAAAACGUCCAUUGAAGGACGAAAGAAAAAAUGUAGUCGACCUUCUUCAACCACCCUCAACCCUUCCUGUGACCCACCCUCCUCGACCACAUCUACGACAUUUUCUGAGUCAUCUACAACCAGUACAUCGUCGACUCUCCUUUCUUCUUUGCCUAUCACUUCCUCGGUAGCGCCGAUCCCAUCAACUUCUCAACCGAUGACCUCAAACUCGAUCACUUCCACCAGUGUCCCGUUUAUAUCGUCAGCAAUCUCCACGCCGACUACUUCAGGUGAUUCUUCAAAUUCGCCAAUUAUCUCUUUAGAUUCUAAUAAUUUAUCUUCAGUUCCCCGAAACAAAAAAGCACAUCCGCCAAAGUCUAGUGGUGAACGUCGCAGGAAAAUCCUUACUCAUCCAACAUCGUCCAGUUUCGAUAAAUAUAGCUCAUCAACAGCCUUGUCGACUAAAAUUCCUUCUACCUCCUCGAUUGAUAAUGGAACGUUACCAACCAAUUCCUCGCUUGUUCGUACCGCGAUUUCCACCGACACCGUCUCACCAACAACAAACCCAUCCUCGUGUAGAGUGACGACUUCGCCGUCUUCCACUCUGUCUACAAGUGACGCUGGGAUUGGGUCAGCUUCCUCUCCGAAUUUGUCCUCUGGGAAUUCCAACUCAUCGUCGUGGGAGAUGGUUCCCUUUGCAAAAAAUUCGCCGGGCGCCUCGGAUGAUUCGAGAGUGGCUCGGUCGAUAGAGAAAUCGGAGGUGACGAAGGCGGUACAGGCAGAUUCGGUGAUGGCAAUGGGAGCGGAUGUGGAGUUAUCGGAGGCGGCGGUGGCGGAGUCGAUGGAAGCGGCGGAGGCGGUGAUGUCACGGGGAGCAACAGUGGGGUUGUCGGAGGCGACGAGGGCGGCGGAGGAGGCGACGGUAAUGGUGAACGUAACAAAGCCAGUGGCGGUAGCAGCAACGACCACUGCAAUGGCUGCGGAGUCGUCGGAGGCGGCGAGGGCGGCGGAGGCGACGGAGAUUCCGGCGGCGGUAGACGUCGAAGAUUUGUCGGAGGCGGCGAGGGCGGCGGAGGCUGUGAUGGAAGGGCGGGCGUCCCGAGCUGUGGACGAUUCGACGACGACUGGAGCGGGGCUGCGAGCGGAUGCUUCAGAUGCCGUGGCGGAGGGAAGAGUGGAGCCUCCAGAGGUCGAGAAUGCGGCGGAGGUGCUGCUCCAGGCGGCAAGGGAUGGCGACAUGACGAGGCUGGAGGCGCUUCUAGACGAAGGACGUUGCGAGGUGAACGCCGCGUGCGGCGUGUCUGGGGGCACGGUGGCGCACUGGGCGGCGCUGCGCGGCCGCGCCGACCUGCUGCGGCUGCUGCUGCGCCGCGGCGCCGACGCCCGACGCCGCGACGCCGCCCGCUGGACGCCGCUGCACGCCGCCGCCUUCGGGCGCAGCGCA